AUGGAGAAGGAAAUGGAAGCUGCUUCAGUUCAUGGGGAAAUGAUCACUCAUCAAAGGCGCAAGGGUGGCUUCAUUACCAUGCCUUUCAUUAUAGCAAAUGAGGCACUGGCUAAGGUGGCUAGCGUUGGGCUUUAUCCAAACAUGAUAUUGUAUUUGAUUGGAGAUUACAGGCUACGAAUAUUGAAAGCAACCAAAAUUAUGUUCUUAUGGUUUGCCGUUACCAAUUUCAGUCCUGUGGUUGGUGCUUUCGUGGCUGAUUCUUAUUUGGGUCGCUUCGUUGCCAUUGGUUUAGGUUCUUUUCUCAGUUUCCUGGGGAUGGGACUGAUGUGGUCAACAACAAUGAGCCCACAGGCAAGGCCUCCACCUUGCAGAACUGAAAAGUGCAGAUCUGCAACAACACCCCAAAUGGCUAUUCUACUCUCAUCCUUUGCUCUCAUAUCCAUUGGAGGAGGUGGCAUCUCCUGCUCCUUAGCAUUUGGUGCAGAUCAACUUAACCAAAAAAACACUAAUCAGAGGGUCUUGGAGAGCUUCAUAAGUUGGUAUAUAGUUUCUCAAACUAUUGCUGUCAUUUUUUCCUUGACCGGAAUAGUUUACAUCCAAGACCAUUUUGGUUGGAAAGUGGGUUUUGGAGUUCCAGCAGCACUCAUGUUCUUCUCCACUUUCUUGUUCUUCCUUAUUUCUCCACGUUAUGUGAAGCAGAAACCACACAACAGCUUGCUCACUGGCUUUGCCCAAGUAAUUGUUGCUGCCUAUAAGAAUAGAAAACUUUCUUUCCCUCCUAAAGACACCACUGGAAUGUAUCACCAUAAGAAGGACUCAACCCUUGUUGCACCAACUGAUAAACUAAGGUUUCUGAAUAAAGCUUGCAUCAUCAAAGACAAAGAACAGGAUAUAGCCUCUGAUGGGUCAGCCUCAAAUAAAUGGAGUCUUUGCACAAUAGAGCAAGUAGAAGAACUAAAGGCUAUCAUUAAAGUUAUUCCUCUUUGGUCCACCAGUAUCAUGGUGUCAGUUAGCACCAGCCAAACCUCAUUUUGGCUGCUCCAAGCCAAAACCAUGGACAGACAUGUCACUUCAAACAUCCAAAUUCCAGCAGGUUCUUUUGGUGUAUUCAUAAUGGUGGCAGUGUGUGUAACUGCUGGUGUCUACGAUCGUGUCAUUCUUCCUCUAGCUUCAAAAGUUAGAGGAAAACCAGUUAAUGUUAGUGCCAAAAAAAGAAUAGGAAUUGGACUGUUUUUCUCCUUUCUGGACUUUGUAGUUUCGGCAAUUGUUGAGAGUAUAAGGAGAAAGAAAGCCAUUAGGGAGGGAUAUGUCGAUAAUCCUCAAGCAGUGUUGGACAUGUCUGCAAUGUGGCUUAUUCCACAUAAUAUUUUGUGUGGUAUGGGAGAAGCAUUUAAUGCAAUAGGCCAAUCAGAGUUCUAUUACUCUGAGUUUCCAAGCAGCAUGUCAAGCAUUGCAGCAUCCCUAUUCAGCUUAGGAUCUGCUGUAGGAAACUUGGUAGCUUCUCUUAUAGUCAGCAUUGUGGAUAGCAUUACUUCUAAAGGGGGAAAAGAGAGUUGGGUUUCAGAUAAUAUUAACAAGGGUCACUAUGACAAGUAUUAUUGGCUUCUUGCCAUAAUGAGUGGUGUUAAUAUACUCUACUAUUUGGUUUGCAGUUGGGCUUAUGGACCUAGUGCCCAAGCAACCUUAGAGAAGGAGGAAAGAUUAGCUGAAAGAGGGAAUAGGAUUCAUCAUGAUCAACAAGAAGAGGCAAUGCAAGGUUCUAAUGUGGGACACAUGCUUAAUCCUCAAUAA